AUGUCACUGGAGGAGUACAUCUCCCAGAUGAGGACCACGCCCGCUAGGAAGAACAGCUUCACGGGACUCAAGAACGGGAGGUGGGCGCUGAGUGUGCGGCAUAGCGUGUCGACAGAGGACGACAACGCUAGCAAGAGCCAGAUUGUUGCAGGAGCUCUGCUAUCGGACGCAUCGGACGGGGAGCACUCCAAGACGGAAUUAGAGUCCUGGAGUGGAAACAAUGACAGCGCUCAAGGCACUCUACUUCACACACACUCUCCGUCGACAAUAUCUUCUCCUUCCCCUCCUCCAGAUCCAAAUGGAGAAAUCCAAGGUGCCAAAUUUCGCCACGCCAUGUGCAACGGCCUUGACCUUCGGCCCGCGACCGCCCUGCAUCCCACCCACCCCACCUACGCCACGAGCGCCGUCGGCGACCUGGGCCAGUCCUACGGCGUGGGGGCCACAAAGGAGGUGGACCUGGGCUCCCUCUCCGCCCAGCUUUUCUUUCCCUUCCCACGGGCCUCAGGGCACAAGCCUGCCGUGGGGCAUGAGUCCCACUGGGACAAGCGCCAGGCCAAUGUGUGGGCCCGGCCCUCCACCGCCCGUCCGGCGUCCAGAAAAUCGAGAUCCAGUUGUCAACUCGAGGUGCCCGACGGAGGGCUGGAGGGCCAUCGCUCGGAUGAGGGCGCCGCGCUGGCGGCACAGUCGGUGAACGGUGCUGAAAUGAGCUCCCAGGGGGGGUGUCUGAUGGGGGAGUCGAGGCAGGAGAGGGCGUGGGGGAAGAAGGGGUCCAUUCUCGCGGGGAGGAACAUCCACAGCGCGAAGCCAUCCCUCAGGGCGGACGCCGAUAUGGACCCUUCUGUCUGGGACGGGCAGGCUUGCGCGCAGAGACCGCCUUCGAGACAAAAGCCGCCACCAGAAGCUCUGCAUUUGUUCUCACCCCAGGCCUUCGUGAAUGCUGACGCCAAGGGUAUCUCUGGGCGGCCUCAGACAACGAUGUCAAUUGUGCGGGGACACUCUAGACCAUUCUCUGGGCCCAACAGCUGCAAAACUUUGGCGGUCGACUUGCAUCACUCUGAAGAGGGCAAUGCGGCCCGUCCACCAUCUAGGCAGAGGCCCCCUCCGGAGUCAUUGGGACUGGGUCACUGCAAAGAUGGGGCCCCUGUGAGCAAAAGGGUUCCAAGGUCGUUCAGGCAGAUAUUUGCAAGCGAUGACUCUGAGGAGGAGCAAGGGACGGAAAAGGGCGAUGCAUCUCCCGAAUUGUCACGGACAAACGAUGCUUGGUCAUAA